AGCUUAGCGGGUCCAGCGGUGCCCCCUGCGUUGGGCUGCAGCUCCCGGAGGCAGAGCCUCGUCGUUCUCCUCCUCCUCCUCUUCUUCCUCCUCCUCCUCCUCUUCUUCUUCCUCCCGCUCGGCUCCUCACUGCAGCCCGGCCAGACAAUGCUGUCAUUGCCAGAACAGGGGAGGGGGAUAAAAAAAAUAAAUAAAUAAAAGCUUCCUUGAGAAAGGGAUUAACCCUUCAGGGGCCGGUGGUGUCUGGGGAGGGGGGUGGUGGGAGAGAGCUCCCGAGGGAGAAAAUCUCAUUAUUAUUAUUGUUAUUAAAAGGGUGAUGGGGUGAUCCUUAUGGGGCAGAGAGGUGUUUGGAGUCUCUGGCUCAACCUGAGCUCUGAGCAUGGAGGUGGGAUCGCCCUGUGCCUCAGUAUCCCCAUUCUGCCCAUGGGCUUAACCAGCCUGCAGCCACCAUCUCUGUGCUGGUGACAGUAGGGACCCCAACUCUAUGGGGCUGGGAGCCCCUCGCCGUGACAGCGAGCUGGAUUCAUUCCUAGGAUGGGUGAUUGUUUUUCCUUUUGGUGGAAAAGGCUGAAAAAAAGGAAGGAAAAAAGACAACGUGCUACGACAACAGCUCUGCUUGCAGGCACCAUAGGGCCCUAUGGGUGCUGCAUCCCUGUCCCCAGUGUUGUCACCACGUGGGGUCCCGGUGGCCACAAGAUGGGGACGGAUAAUUGCAGCCAGCAUUUGAACACAGCGAUGCUCCCACGUGGGGCCAAGGCAAAAGGAUCUCAUCUUGGUGGCAGUGGGGACAUCAGUGGCUUUUUGGCACCGGUUGGUGGCUUCAGGGAGGAGGACAGUGGAGCCACGUGAUGGUCUCUGGGUUUCUUCCCAGUGCCUUUCCCCUUGGUGUGCAGCGUCCCCAGGUGACCUUGGCGUGUCCUUGUCCCCAGUGUUGUCCUUGUCUCCAUCGUCCUCACCCCUGUCCUGGUGUCACUGAGGGAUGGGGAUGUGCCCGGUGGAUGGGGCAUGGAGGUGGCCCUGGAAGGUGGACAUGGGGACGUGGUCCCCUGCCAUGAUGGCUGUCCCCAUGAGCCUACCAGAAGCAGCCGGAGAGAUGUCACACACCGAGCGACAUGCUCCACGGAUGGCUUCCCUACGGACAUGAGACUUUUGUAGCCUCCAAAACACUGCUGGAUCAGCCCUGCUCCCCACCCACACCAACUGUCUCCAAAUGAGACAAGGGAGCCACCAAGGCUCACCUCCAGUUUCUUUGCAAGCCCCAACGCUGCCAUCGGGUGGUGGCAGUGGGAUGGCCUCACCAGGACAGUGGGAUGGCUUUGCACUGGGACCAGCCUCAUCGAGAUGGUGGCAUCAGGAUGGCCUCACUGAGGUGGUGACAUUGGGCUGGCACCAGGACUUGCUGCAUGGCCUCACCGUGGUGGCACCAGGAUUGACCUCACCAGGAGGACAUUAAGACUGGCUUCUCUUGAUGGUGGCACUGGGAUGGCCUCGACGUGUGAUGGCACCAGGAUUAGCCUUGCUGGGAUGGCACUGGGAUGGCCUUACUGGAACCAAUAUGAGACCCCACUGGGACGGCUCCUCCUCGUGACAGUGGCACUGGGAUGGCCUCACCGAGAGGAUGCUGGGACUGGUUUUGCUCAGAUGGCACUGGGAUGGUUCCCCAGCACUGGUGACCUGUCCCUGUCCCUUCUGCUUCCUCCACCCCUGUGAUGAAGGCAUCACUGAGACUGGAACGGGGCAAACCAGGAAGGAUGAGGGUGGUGGAGGGAAGGGGCCGUGCUCAGCCUUUAUGAGACAUCAGAGAUGCCACCCCACGGGGGCAGCGUGGGGGCUCUGCCCGAGGCUCGGGAUCUCACCACUGCCUUCCCCUCUUGCAGAGCUCCUACCCCAUCUGGGAGGACUUCAACUCGAAGGCCACCAAGCUGCACUCCCAGCUCAGGACCACGGUGCUGGCUGCAGUUGCCUUCCUGGAUGCCUUCCAGAAAGUGGCUGACAUGGCCACCAACACUCGAGACUGGCGGCAUCCAGGACCAUCUGGAGCCGUGCGGGAGGAGGAGGAGGAGGAGGAGGAAGGCAGCAGCUUGAGCCACAAGCAGAUUUGUCUCCAAACCCAGUGGCCCACUGCACUGGGGGGAUUAGAGCACUGGGGGAUGGCAGGGAGACACCUGGCUCUGGGCAGGGGACAAAGUUUGGGGCAACCCCGCUGCGCUGGGAUGAAGGCUGUAAUGCCCCCACUGGUGGCUGAGGACGUGGGGCUGGAGGUGUCCCUGCCCGUGGGGGUGUGGAAUCGGAUUAGGGGCAGGAGGAGCGCUGGGAGGAGGAGGAUUAAGGGAUGCCCUGCGUGUGGGGGCUGAGGGCUGUGCUGGGGGCUCUGCGGAAUCCCUGGCUGCCUGGGGGGCACCGCUUGGGGCUUUUGGGGAACAGAGUCCCCGGCCUGCGGGAUGGGAUCGCUGAUGGCCACCGGGUCCCGGGGUUUGCAGCAGUGCCACCGCGUGGCCGUCCUUAGGCUUCAGAGUGAACGCGUCCCACCCAUCAGCCCGGGGACAAAUUAGGGGCGAGUUCGCAGAGCCGCCCGCUGCUGAGUUAAUGAUCGAGGGGCCGGCCAGCCAUUCAUCUAGCGGGUUUAGCCUGGGAAAACGCCGCCCACCUCCCGGUGCCCAAACGGGGCCGUCCCCAUCCCUGCGCUCAGCGGGGUCCCGUUCUCCCCCAGGGGCCACGAGGGACAUCGGCUCCGCGCUGACCCGUAUGUGCAUGCGGCACCGCAGCAUCGAGGCCAAGCUCCGGCAGUUCACCAAUGCCCUGAUGGAGAGCCUGAUCAACCCUUUGCAGGAUAGAAUUGAGGACUGGAAGAAAACUGCCAACCAGUUGGACAAGGACCACGCAAAAGAGUACAAGCGAGCUCGCCAUGAGAUCAAGAAGAAAUCCUCUGACACGCUCAAGCUGCAGAAGAAGGCUCGUAAGGAGCUGCUGGGGAAAGGGGACCUGCAGCCCCAGCUGGACAACGCGCUGCAGGACGUCAAUGACAUGUACCUGCUGCUGGAGGAGACAGAGAAGCAGGCGGUGCGCAAGGCGCUCAUCGAGGAGCGGGGCCGCUUCUGCACCUUCAUCACCUUCCUGCAGCCCGUGGUGAACGGGGAGCUCACCAUGCUGGGGGAGAUCACUCACUUGCAGGGCAUCAUUGACGACCUGGUGGUGCUCACCGCCGAGCCCCACAAGCUGCCCCCCGCCAGCGAGCAGGUGAUCAAGGACCUGAAGGGCUCUGACUACAGUUGGUCCUACCAGACCCCUCCAUCGUCGCCCAGCAGCUCCAGCUCCCGCAAAUCGAGCAUGUGCAGCAGUGUCAGCAGUGCCAAGGGUGGCCUCCCGUGGCCCGGGGGGGCUCAGACCUGCUCACCCAGCUCCACCUAUCGCUACCGCAGCCUGGCCCAGCCGGCCAGCGCCGGCACACGCCUCUCCAGCGUCUCCUCGCACGACUCCGGCUUCAUCUCCCAGGAUGCUGCCUACUCCAAACCGCCUUCCCCGAUGCCCUCAGACAUCACCAGCCAGAAGUCCUCCAGCUCAGCAUCCUCAGAGGCCUCAGAGACAUGCCAGUCGGUCAGCGAGUGCAGCUCCCCCACCUCGGAUUGGUCCAAGGCCAGCCCCUAUGACCAGCCCGUGGUCAGCACCCUACAGCGGCGAAAGGACCGCGUGGAGCACCUGCGGGAAGCUGAGAUGGGCUCAGCCAGCAGCGUGUACCCGACCAUGGGCAGCGAGGAUGCUCCCAGACCCCGAAUGUCACCGGCCACCAUUGCAGCCAAGCAUGGCGAGGAGGUUUCCCCCGCCGCCAGCGACCUGGCCAUGGUGCUGACACGGGGGCUGAGCCUGGAGCACCAGAAGAGCAGCCGGGACUCACUGCAGUAUUCCAGUGGCUACAGCACACAGACCACCACCCCAUCCUGCUCCGAGGACACCAUCCCUUCCCAAGGUUCUGACUACGACUGCUACUCGGUGAACGGCGACGUGGAGUGCGACCCUCAGAGCGACUUCGACAAAUCCUCAACCAUCCCUCGCAACAGCAACAUUGCCCAGAACUACCGCCGUAUGAUUCAGACCAAGCGGCCCGCCUCCACCGCCGGGUUGCCCAGCGGCACCAACCUGCCGGCCGGCAGCACCCCUGGGGUGGCCACAAUCCGCCGCACGCCCUCCACCAAACCCUCGGUCCGUCGCACCCUCUCCAACGCUGGCCCCAUCCCCAUCCGCCCACCCAUCGUCCCCGUCAAGACCCCAACGGUGCCCGAUUCGCCCAUCUACGCCGGCCCAGCGCGGGUGGGCAGCGAGGAGUGCGUGUUUUACGCCGAGGAUGCCUCACCCAACCCAAUGGAUUUUGCCAAAGCGUCGCCCAAACGCUUGAGCCUCCCCAACGCUGCCUGGGGCGGCGGCGUGGCCGAGAUCUCGGUCUACGCUGGCGCGGCGCAUCCAAUGGCCGCCGAUGAAGAGGAGGACCAGCAGUUGGCCGCCAACCGGCACAGCUUGGUGGAGAAGAUCGGCGAGCUGGUGGCUGGUGCCCACGCUCUGGGAGAAGGCCAGUUCCCCUUCCCCACCGCGCUGGAGGAGACCCCCGUGCCGCCCCCCGCGCCCGCCAUGGACCCUCCGGCCGAAGACAUGCUGGUGGCCAUCCGGCGCGGCGUGCGCCUGCGCAGGACCGUCACCAACGACAGGUCGGCCCCGCGGAUAUCGUGAUGACGCCCGCGGGGACGCGGGGACGACGGACGACGGGGCGGGCGAUGCCGGGACCCCGGGGUGCACGGGACCCCUGGCUGCAGCGGGCACAGCCCCCAUGUGUCCUCACACUCGUGAUGGCUUUCUGUUGUUCUUUCUCCUCCUCUUUUGCUUCCCUUCCUCCCUUUUUUGAUUUCUUCCAUUCGUUCGAUUGUGCACUCUUUUCUUGCGCUCUUUACCUGUGCUCUCUCCAUUCCCUUCUGGCUCUCUUCUCUCCGUCCCUCCCUUUCCAUUGUCUCAAAGCUCUCUGCUCUAUCCGUCCUUGAGCUCCCUCUCACUCCCUCUAUCAUCUCUCUCACCUUUUUUUACUCUUUCCUUCUUGCUCUCUAUCCCUCCUUCCUCCUUCUCUUCUCCUCCUUCUCUUCUC